AUUGAGAAAGAAGAAGAAGGAGGAGACUAAUAAUAAUAAUCGGAGAGAGUUGAGUUAUGGAUAUGCGUGAUCUUGUAACCGGUGGAGCUGCUUGUGCGGUUCCAGGCUCUUCUUCUUCGUCUUCUAAUCCUCUUGCUGCUCUCGCCAACACUCUUAUUGGCUCUUCUUCUAAGAUUCAGGAAAAUAAGGAGAUUCCUACAUCCAUAACCCCCAGUUCCGAGAGGCAAAUUUACACAGAGACCAAUGACCAUCUGGGAGGCCUUGAUCAGCCAUUUGUGGACCCCAACGCCCCUCAACACUCCGACUUUCUUCGCGGCUUUCACGGUUCAGGAGGAGGAGGAGGAGGAGGUCAGACUGAACUUGACGCCGCCUGGAAUGAUAUACACCAUCCUCCUCCUCAAUUGGAUCAUAUCUAUGAUACUCAUCCUCACCCUCACCCUCAACAACCAAUUCUCGAUGGGCCACCCCAAAGAAUGUUGUCAAGCCUUUUGCACUCCUUUGUUGAUAGUAGCCGUGGUGGAGUUCCCUUUCGUGCCACUCCACUUCCAGUGUUAGGCUUGUCUGAAGGUGACAAACAAUGUAUACGUGAUCGUAGCAGCAUAAUGGCUCGCCACAUUUUUGCAGAUAAAAGUGAAGAUUUUAUUAAUGCACAGGUGAAUGCUCUUUUGUGUUCUUUAGAUAUUGAUGGUGAUGCUCGCGCCAAGGGACCUCUGCCAGGGAGAUUUAGGGAACUAGAGGAUUAUUGGAAUGAGUCCCAAGGUACUCUGAAACCUGGUUUUCAUGCUGCAGAUGGAUGGGUGUCUGAGUUUAACCAGCAGAGGAUGGUACAUGGUGCCAAUGGCUGGGCCUCUGAAUUUGAGCAACAACACGGUGCCAAUGGCUGGGCCUCUGAAUUUGAACAGUCUCAGUUGACUUCAGUAGAUCAAAUGAGAGGUUCUAAUAUCUCAAGCUUAGCUGCAAUGGAGCAGACUCGCAUGCUUGCAAAUACGUUAGCUCAAAAUGAUGACCCAAAGUUUCAGAACUCAAAGUUUCUGCAGUUUGUAUCAAAGAUGAGUCGUGGUGAACUUAUUAUUGACGAUAAUCAAGUCAAGCAGACAGCAUUACCUGCAGCUGGGGAUUGGGCAUCAGAAUAUCAACAUCAGUACAACAGGAGUCCUGCUUGGGCUGACGAAUUUCUUUCUCAUGGUCCUGAUCAAUGGGUGAAUGAGUUUACUACUGAACGAGAGCAACAUGGGCCAGUUGAUGAUCAGUGGGUGAAUGAGUUCUCUAAGUUGCAUGUCCAUGACUGGGCGGAUGAAUUCGGGCGUCAGGUUGGUGAGGGGGCUUUGGGGGAGAAUUCUACAGAUAAUUGGGCAAAUGCAUAUGAUGAGUUCUUAAAUGAGCAAGUAACUGCCAGGCAGCGGUCUGACACUUCAAGGGGAGUAUAUGUCUUUUCUGAUAUGAAUCCUUAUGUUGGUCACCCAAAUCCCCUGAAAGAAGGCCAGGAGCUGUUCCGCAAAGGCCUACUGAGUGAAGCAGUGCUUGCAUUAGAGGCUGAAGUGUUGAAAAACCCUGACAAUGCUGAAGGUUGGAGGCUGCUUGGAAUAGCACAUGCAGAGAAUGAUGAUGAUCAACAGGCUAUUGCAGCCAUGUUGCGGGCACAGGAGGCAGAUUCUACAAAUCUGGAAGUGCUUCUAGCUCUUGGUGUGAGUCAUACAAAUGAACUUGAGCAGGCAGCUGCAUUAAAAUAUUUAUAUGGAUGGUUACGUCAUCACCCAAAGUAUGGGACACUUGCCUCUCCAGAGCUGUCUGAUUCUUUAUAUUAUGCUGAUGUUGCUAGAUUAUUCAAUGAAGCUGCUCAAAUGUCACCUGAUGAUGCUGAUGUGCACAUAGUGCUUGGUGUCCUAUACAAUUUGACCAGGGAGUAUGAUAAAGCCAUUGAAUCUUUUCAGACAGCUUUGAAACUCAAGCCACAUGAUUACUCUCUGUGGAACAAGCUUGGUGCAACACAAGCAAACAGUGUCCACAGUGCUGAUGCAAUAUUUGCUUAUCAACAGGCACUAGAUCUAAAACCUAAUUAUGUUCGUGCAUGGGCAAACAUGGGUAUCAGUUAUGCCAACCAGGGAAUGUAUGAGGACUCCAUUCGCUACUAUGUCCGGGCACUUGCUAUGAAUCCAAAGGCAGACAAUGCAUGGCAAUAUUUGCGAAUUUCUCUGAGCUGUGCUUCUAGGGAUGACAUGCUGGAAGCUUGUGAUUCUCGAAACCUAGAUGUUCUCCAGAAGGAAUUCCCACUGUAAUAUACAUAUAGUUGAAUCAGUGGAUGAAUAAUGGGGUCCAGCAUUGACAUGUGGGCUGAAAUAUCAAGCAUCCUCAUGUAUAUAGCUAUUUGCUAUCUCGAGAUGAUAAAUCUAGGCUUUUUGGCCCCAAAUUUUGCUGCAGUUGCUCCCAGAAUAAAAUGGUGUCCUGGUUUCGGCAGUAAUUCUUAAGAGUUGGAUUUUGGAAGAUUAACUGGGGCCAUUGGGAUUAACUGAGAAAUUAUUUUUGUUGAGCUUUGAAGGUCUGUUGUACUCAAUCAUGGGGAGGAUUGUAGGUCUAGUUAAUGCUUCUAUUUGAAAGAGGAACAUAAAAAUAACACAGCCGGGCCAAGUUACUGCUGAUGAAUAAGGAAUUUCAUAAGGGAAUUGUAUGUUAUAUUAUUUAUGUAAAUACUUAUAGAUAUAGGCACAUAUAUUUCCUUAUGUUUGGCCAUCUUAGUUUAAGGUAAGUGGUGGCUGUGAAAAGCUUGUUCCUUUGUGAUAAUAAUUAUAUUGCAGCUACUUCAGUCUACAA